AUGAUUACAAAAUUCGAACAAUUACCAAAUGAAUUAAUAUUAAAUUGUUUUAUUUAUUUUAAUUUCUACGAAUUAUAUCAAUCAUUCUUUGGUUUAAAUCAACGUAUCAAUAAAUUAAUGUUAUAUCAAACAGAUAUUAUCAUUGAUUUAGAUUCAAUUCCAAAUGGAGAUUUAUUAACUUUUUAUUAUAAAUUAAAUCAUUUUCUAUCAUUACGUAAAAACUAUCCAUUAUCAAUGAAUACUUCUAAUGAACAAAGAUUUACUUUAAUAAUGAAUGAUAAUUUAUUUCAAGAUAAAUUUUCUAAAUUAAAAUCGUUAACAUUAUUUGAUAUACAUGCUGGAGUGAUAUGUGACGCAAUAUUUGAUAAAAGAAUAAAAUUAUAUAAAACAUUGGAAAAAUUAAUUUUACAAGAAAUUAGUGAAGCAGAAGAACAUGGGCAGGAUAUAGAACGAUUAUGUAGUCAAUUGAUAUCAUCAAAAAUGAAAUCAUUAAAAUAUUUGAAUAUAAACGUGAAAUCAUAUUCAUGUGGAUGUGAAAUUGGUAUUCAAUCGCGUGAUUCCGAUGUUAAUUUAGAAUUUCUUUAUUUAUCAGAUAAAGAAAAAUCAUUUAGUAAUUUAGAAACACUUAUUAUUGGAGAUAUUCAUUUAGAAGAUACAACAAAAGUAUCGUUUCAUACAUUGACAGAAAAAUUAUUACCUCAUCUACCAAAAUUAGAGAAUUUGAUGAUAAAUUCAAUUCAUUUUAAUGGAAAUAAAUUUCAACUAACGCACGGGACCCAUCAAUCAACUAUCAAAACUAAUGCAACGAUACCAAUAAAUUUAAAAUUUAUCAAAAUUCGUACUCAUGUAGAAACCAACAAUGAACACAUGGAAGAAGAAAAUAAACAGUUGUUAAAAAAUUUCUUUUUAAAUAACAAUUCAUCAGAUGUUAAAACAUUCUAUAUUAAUGAUGAAAGUGUCCUGGAAUAA